CACGGUAACCGGUCCCGCUAUGUAGUAUAUUGUACCACCUUUGGAAAAAUAAAUAAAUAUAAAAUGACCUAAUUUCACAUAUUUUCCCUCUUCGACUUCGAUUACCAACAAAUCCUCAAUUGCCCCCAUUCUGCGUAAACCCUAGAACCGCCAUUGUCGAUUCUAUUUCAUUCUCUAAGGCAAAGCUUGGUAUUAUCAAUCAACCAUGGCAGCCCCCGCCACAACCAGUGUGGUUCCGGCAAACCGUACCGCCAGAAGAGGUGGCAUGCCGAUGGAGGAUAAGCUCGAAUUCGUCACUACGGAAGGAGUUGAGCCCAUUCUCAGUUUCGAUCAAAUGGGUAUUAAGGACGAUUUGCUUAGAGGAAUCUACGGUUAUGGAUUUGAAAAGCCUUCGGCUAUCCAGCAACGUGCUGUUAGACCCAUUAUUGAAGGCCGCGACGUCAUUGCUCAGGCUCAAUCUGGUACCGGUAAAACCUCCAUGAUUGCUCUAACUGUCUGCCAGCUCGUUGAUACUUCUACACGGGAGGUUCAGGCGUUGAUUUUGUCACCGACAAGGGAAUUGGCAUCUCAAACUGAGAAAGUAAUACUGGCAAUUGGUAGUUUCAUUAAUAUCCAAGCCCAUUCGUGCAUUGGUGGAAAAAGUGUUGGUGAGGAUAUUAGGCAACUAGAAUACGGAGUUCAUGUAGUGUCUGGAACUCCUGGAAGAGUAUGUGACAUGAUAAAGAGGAGGACACUGCGCACCAGAGCCAUUAAAUUAUUAAUUCUUGAUGAAUCUGAUGAAAUGUUGAGCAGAGGGUUCAAGGAUCAGAUUUAUGAUGUGUACCGUUAUCUUCCUCCAGAACUUCAGGUCUGCUUGAUUUCUGCUACCCUCCCACAUGAAAUCCUUGAGAUGACAAGCAAGUUUAUGACUGACCCUGUGAGGAUUCUUGUUAAACGUGAUGAAUUGACAUUGGAGGGUAUCAAACAAUUUUUUGUAGCUGUUGAGAGGGAAGAGUGGAAGUUCGAUACUCUAUGUGAUCUUUAUGACACCCUUACAAUUACCCAAGCCGUUAUCUUCUGCAACACAAAAAGAAAGGUGGAUUGGCUCACUGAAAAGAUGCGUAGCAAUAACUUUACUGUCUCAGCGAUGCAUGGAGACAUGCCUCAAAAGGAAAGAGAUGCAAUUAUGGGAGAGUUCCGUGAUGGUACAACCCGUGUCUUGAUUACAACAGAUGUUUGGGCUCGUGGCCUUGAUGUUCAACAGGUUUCCUUGGUGAUCAAUUAUGACCUUCCCAACAAUCGAGAGCUCUACAUUCAUCGCAUUGGUCGUUCUGGUCGGUUUGGACGCAAGGGUGUUGCAAUCAACUUCGUUAAAAGCGAUGAUAUUAAGAUUUUGAGAGACAUUGAACAGUACUAUAGUACUCAGAUUGACGAAAUGCCGAUGAAUGUUGCUGAUCUAAUAUGAGACAUGAUUGGCAAUAUUGUGUGCGUGUGCGAGUGAAUUGGUUUCUUGUGAUUUGGAUGAGGGAUCUUGUGUGCAGUACUUGCAACUGUUUAUUUUUUCGAUAUUAUGAGAUGACAUCAUCCACUGUAGGAGUUAAACUGAGAAAAAGAAGAAAACAAAACUCUAUUAAUUUUUUUGUUCUUGUUUUUGCCUUUUAAUGCUGACCGAAAAAUUAGAAUAGAUUAUCUUUGUUGAUAAGAUUUUGUGUUCCAUCCAUGGCUGUAUUUAAUUCUGACUUUUUUUUCUUAAAAAAAAAAAAAAAACCUUGCAUUAUGA